AUGGACUUUCAACACAGCCACAGCGACAACCCUCACACCUCAGCCAUCCACCCUCCAGAAAAACACCGCAUCCAAGAAUCCAACCUCAAUUACUCCAACGAACCCACACCCACCCGCCCUCUCUCCAACUACAUCGUCCACUGUCACACACCCUUCAACGCCGAACCCCAGCUCCCCCUCCUCGUCAACUCGGGCCAGAUCACCCCCGCCGACGUCUUCUUCAAACGCAACCACGGUCCGAUUCCCGAUAUCACGCUUGACGACCACAAGGUCUACAUCGGUGUCAAGCAAAAUCCUCAGUAUUAUUUCAAUGCCGAAUCACCCGCGGUCGAAUGGAAACAACUUUCGAUGCACGACAUCAUGACCAAGUGGCCCAAGGCGACCAUCACGGCGUCGCUCCAGUGUGCCGGCAAUAGACGUGACGGUCUUGCGGCAGUCAAGGAGGUCAAGGGUGUCAUUUGGGGUGCAGGCACCAUCUCGACUGCUGUCUGGUCCGGUCCUCGACUCUGUGAUGUUUUGAAGGAUGUUGCGGGUGUCUCGUCGAAUAUGUUGCAUGAGAUGAUUCGGGAUUUCCAUGUCUCCUUUGAGGCCGAUGACCAUGUCCAUGAGGAUGUCUGCUAUGGUUCUUCCAUCCCUCUCCGCAAAGCCAUGGAUCCUGCAGGGGAUGUCAUUCUCGCUUACGAGAUGAAUGGAAAGCCAUUGUCGCGCGACCACGGGUUUCCUCUUCGAGUCAUUGUCCCUGGCUUUAUCGGGGCACGCUCCGUAAAAUAUCUCCAACAGAUUCUGAUCCAACCCCAGGAGUCCAUGUCGUUCUUCCAGCGACAGGACUACAAGAUCUUGCCGCCCUGGGUCAAUCACGACAACGUCGACCAGUCCUGGGACACGGCUGCAUCUCUGACCGAGAUGAACAUUCAGUGUGUUAUCUGUACCCCUACCGAGAAGGAAGUUGUCGCUUCGUCGAAGCCUGUUACCAUCAAGGGAUAUGCCAUCGCUGGAGGCGGAAGGGCAGUAUACAGGGUCGAGAUUUCGACGGACGGUGGGCAUACAUGGGAACCCGUCGACAAAAUGGAGCAAAGGCCCGACAAGAAGAGUGGCAUGUAUUGGGCCUGGGCUCUCUGGGAAAAGACCGUGCCCCGGAUGAACAAGUCUACCGAGAUCGUCGCCCGUGCUUACGAUUCGAGCGGAAAUGUACAGCCAGAGUUCCCUAUCUGGAACUACCGUGGGGUCAUGAACAAUGCAUGGUCCAGAGUCCACACCCUCCCUGUCCUCCAACACCACAUGUAA